AUGGGGGACGAUCCGGCACGGUUAUAUCGCUUGGACGGAGUCGCUCAUAUAGCCGGGGUCAUCAACGAGGAGUCCCAGCGAUGCAUUAGGAGCAUGCGGCGGCAGCAGGGCAUGCGACUUAAUGACAGAUACGUUCCGUACUUGCAGAUGGCAGGUCUAUACCAUCUUGCAAGGCUGAACGACCGAUGGUUCCGGCUAGACGAGGCCCUUGUCAGUGCAUUCGUGGAGCGAUGGCGUCCCGAGACGCACACGUUCCAUAUGCCGUUCGGAGAGUGCACGAUCACACUCCAAGACGUGGCAUACCAGCUGGGUUUGCCAGUGGACGGCAGUUACGUGAGCGGGUGCUUGUCAGAGUUCCAUAUAUACAUCGAGGGUGGCCGUCCAGCCUGGGUCUGGUUCCAGGAGUUGCUCGGAGUUAUACCUCCUCCCAGUCAGGUUCAGAAGUACGCAGUGAACUACAGCUGGUUUCAGGAGACUUUCGGUGAGUGUCCUGAGGAUGCAGAUGAUGACGCUGUGCGCCGAUAUGCCCGUGCGUACAUCAUGAUGUUGUUGGGCACGCAGCUGUUUGCGGACAAGUCAGGAAACCGGAUUCACAUCAGAUGGCUUCCGUACGUAGCGAGGCUGGAGGAGCUGGGUACCUACAGCUGGGGUUCUGCCGCACUGGCUUGGUUGUACCGGUGCAUGUGUCGAGUGGUGAACAGAUAUGUCGUCACGUUAGCGGGCCCGCUUCAGCUACUUCAGUCUUGA